AGGGUAGAAGGGGGAGGCUUCGACAUGAGGGAGGCUUCGACUUUUUCAAAUCUGGCAGUCGUUAUUACUGCCGUUGUUCUCAUUCCUAGAACAAACAGUUACCAAAUUGACUGUGAUGCUGUCAUGAAAACUAUUCAGUGCUUGUUGGCAGACGAUAGUGUGCAGACGUAUUUUUUAUUUUUGAAGUGUGUUCAUGUAAAAAUUGUAUGUAAGUAUUCUUGUGUAAAGUGUGCAAUCUAUAACGUAUUCGUUCCGUUUUUUCCCCAUUAAUAUUUUAAUAAAAUUGUGUUUUGUUGGUUCUAAAGAUAUUUCAAGUAACAAUAAGAUGUAUUUCUUUAAAGAGAAAAAUUUGGCAUAAGUGCAAAAGGGAGGAUCCGACAACCUCUUUUGGGAGGUUUCGACAAAUUGUCGAAGCCUCCCUUCUGUUCUUUUUCACUUAGCAAGCAAUAUUUUACAGCUAUCAAGAUGCCAAAUAUUUAUAAAAAAAAGUUUCCGGAGAAAAUCAUCGACGAAGAUAAUAUGAAAAAAGCCAUCGAGGACAUAAAACAAAAGAAAGAAACACCAACAAGCGCUGCUCGAAAAUAUGGCUUGAAGCGUACAACACUAUUAUCUCGAAUUGCAAAAGAGCAAACAAAUGUGGGAACUGCUAAAUAUUUCCAGUCGAAGUUUUCUUCGAACCAAGUACUUACAGCUACGCAAGAAAAGGAAUUAACGCUUUACUUCAAAAAGUGUUCAAAUCUACAUCAUGGAUUGACGUAUGACUUGGCUAGACGGUUCGUUUUCGAGUUUGUUUCUACAUACAAAAUAAAACAUCCACCAAGUUGGGACAAAGAAAAACAAGCUGGAAUUGAUUGGCUAAAAUGUUUUAUGCAUCGAAAUAAAGAAAUUAGUCUACGCAAACCUGAAAACACUAGCAUAUCACGCAUUUUUGGAUUUUCUAACCAAGCUGUUUCUUUAUUUUUUUCAAACCUGAAAAAGGUAUACGAAUUACACCACUUUCCCUCUGAGCGAAUAUACAACAUAGAUGAGACUGGAAUAAGUACGGUGUUGGAUUCUCCAAAAGUCAUAGCUGAAAAAGGAAAACGAACCGUUUCUCAAGCCGCAUCCGCAGAGCGGGGAAGUUUAGUUACAAUGGUAGGAAUUGUUAACGCAUCUGGAAAUCACAUUCCACCGAUCUACGUUUUUCCUCGCAAGCGAAUGAAUCCAAAUUUUCUUAACGGAUCAGUACCAGGCUCAAUAGCACUUCUAGCCAACAACGGAUGGAUGAACUCGGAGCUUUUUAUAGAUGUUCUUAUCCAUAUUAGAAGUCACGCUCGUUGCACUAUCGACGACCCCAUACUACUUUUGAUGGACAACCAUGCUUCUCAUUGCAGUCUAGAUAGCGUCAUUUACAGUCGCGAUAACGGCAUAUGCUUAUUGUCUUUCCCACCGCAUACGUCACACAAACUUCAACCACUUGAUGUAUCGGUGUUUGGACCUUUCAAGAAAUUUUGCAAACAUUCCUUUAAUGAUUUUACAGUCAACAAUCCAGGAAAGAAAAUCGAGAUUUCACUUAUUGCAGAACUUACGAGGACUCCAUUUUUACGAGCUUUUUCUCCAGAUAAUAUUGUAAAAGGGUUUUCAGCUACUGGAAUCCUUCCAUAUAAUUCAUUAAUAUUUCCUCAGUCUGAUUUUUCCCAGUCCGAAAUCGAAACAAACUCUGAGAUUGCUAUUGAAACUAACCAAAAUCAAGCCGAAAGUUUUGAGAAUAUAAUCCUACCAUCUGAACCGAAUUGUUUCUCUCCAGAGGUUAUCCGUCCACUUCCAAUAGUGAGGAAAAAGAGAACUAUUACUAAAAAUCAAGGCAAGUCAAGAAUUUAUACGGAUUCUCCAGAAAAAGCACGCUUGGAGGAGUUGAAAGAACAAAGCAUAAAAAAAUUGAAGCUACCAAAAAAGCUAAAAUUUUGUAAAAAAACAAAAACAUUGCGAAAACUAAAAACUAAAAAACAACGAAAGAUAAGUUCCUCAUCAUCAAGUGAAAACGGUUCUUAUAGCCUGGCUGAUUCUGAUAAAUCAUAUGACUUUGGUGAGGUUGAAGAGCACAACAAUGAGCAACCAGAAUUGGAGGUUACUGACGGAAUUCAUGUUCAGAACGAAGAGCACGAGAAUGAGCAACCAGCGUUGGAGGUUACCAACGGAAUGCAUAUUGAGGAAAAUAGAUUUGUGCUAGUUAAAUUUACUGACAAAACCGAUUUCUUUUACAUUGGUGUAGUCGUAGAAGUUGAAAGUACUACGUGCGUCGUGAAAUUUCUCAGGCGCCAAAGUAAAACUCAAUAUUUCUAUGAACCAAUUGUUGAAGAUACAAACCUGGUUUCAAAGCAGGACAUAUUACGUAUAUUGCCCACACCUGAACAUCCACCAGGAACUUCACGCGCGCAAAGCAAAUUUGUUUUUAACUUCGACUUCUCAAAUUUAGAUGUUCGUUAAAAGUAAAGUUAUACUUCAUUUUUAUGCUUAAGUUGUUUAUGUUUUUGUUCGAAAAAAUUGUUAUUGUAUUGAAAUAAAUAACAUUUAUGAAUUGAAAAUCGUAUUCAGAGUUUUUUCCAACGAAGUCUUUUUCUAUUUUGCAUGUUUAACUGCCAUGUUUGAUAAAUGUCGAAACCUCCCACCCAAUGUCAAAGCCACCCAGAUGAUUGGCGAAGCCUCCCGGAAAAUGGGAGGUUUCGUCACAUAUUUUGUUCCUAAUUAUUUGAUUAGAACUUUGAAAUAAAAUUAAGUAGUACAUUAACGACCAAUCUGAA